UAGAGAGCUUCACAUCAGACAGCAAUUAAUCUUUUGUUGCUUUGUGACAAAUGGAGGAUCCUUAGUCCUCUUUUCCCCAGUUUUUCCUCUCUCUCUUCCUUCCCUAUCCGAGUCUCCGUCUCUCUCUCUCCGGUCUCUUCUCCGGGAAACAAGUCUUGGUAAUCGAUCAACGAUUCCGGUCAAUCUUUUAAGGUAAUUAAGCGCGGGGGAAUUCUGAGCUUUUUUAAUUGCUAAAUUCUGAUGACUCCGCCACUGCUCGGUGGUGUAGAGGAGGUUGCCAGCAGUGCUUCGCUGCUGGCUUCUUCAACCUCAAUAGAAAGCGUAUGUCAGAAUGGGUCUGCUGAGCUCAAAGAGCGCAACUACAUGGGAUUGUCUGAUUCUUCCUCAUCUGGGGAUAGCUCCGCAAUCUCUGCCGUCACUGGUGAGAGCAAGACUAGUCUGAAUCUUAAGGCGACAGAGCUUCGGCUUGGAUUACCAGGAUCUCAGUCGCCGGAAAGGAACUCAGAUCUUUCCUUAUUUGCCUCUACUCAGCUUGAUGAGAAGCCCCUCUUCCCCAUGCAUCCAGUGAACGAUCAUCAUGGAUCUUCCACGCCCAAGACUUUACUUUUGGGGAAUAAAAGAGGGUUCUCUGAUGCCAUGGAUGGCUUCUCAGAGGAUAAAUUUUCUUCUGAAUCGAAGGUAAAUGAGAUGUUAACUCCGAGGCCAUCUCAGAACUUGGGGCUGAAACCGGGUUCCAUCCUCGAGAACCUGACUUCUCAAACAGCAAAGACGAAUGAAGCAGUAGGGCAGAAGCCUGCACAAGAAAGGCCCCAUGUCUCGAACAACAACAGGGGCUCUGCAAACAAUAGCAGUGCACCUGCUACUAAGGCACAAGUUGUGGGUUGGCCACCCAUCAGGUCGUUUAGGAAGAACUCACUUGCUACCUUGUCCAAGAAUACUGAAGAAGUAGAUGGAAAGGUGGGUGCUAGUGCUCUGUAUGUCAAAGUCAGCAUGGAUGGUGCUCCAUAUCUGAGAAAAGUUGACCUGAGGAACUACUCUGCAUAUAAGGAACUCUCUUCGGCUCUUGAGAAGAUGUUCAGCUGUUUUACCAUAGGUCAAUGCGGAUCCCAUGGAACUUCAGGAAGGGAGAUGCUGACUGAAAGCAAGUUGAAGGAUCUUCUCCAUGGUUCAGAAUAUGUUCUCACCUACGAGGAUAAAGAUGGAGACUGGAUGCUUGUCGGUGAUGUUCCAUGGGAGAUGUUUAUUGACACCUGCAAGAGGAUGAGGAUCAUGAAGGGUUCUGACGCCAUUGGUUUAGCCCCACGGGCGGUAGAGAAGUGCAGGAACAAGAACUAGCCAGCAGCAGUUGCCAGGGAAGCAGGAAGAAGAAGGUGUUGGGAUUGGAUGGAUUGCUGCGGGUAAUGGCUUUUUAUGUUCCGUUAGUAGUUGGGCGUUUUUAAUAUGUAAUUUUAACUCCGUUUUGUUUGUUAAGUUGAAUUAAGAGGAAAGAAAGAGAAGUGGGUGUUAUGGUGUUGUCUGUUGUAGUUGUGCUGUGCUUUUGCUGUCAAGAAGCCUUGCUUGCUGUCUCCUUGUCAAUUGAAAAAGAAAACUCCAAUGCACAACUUAAAAAUUGUAUUUGUGAGAGAGCAAUUUUAUUCUAUGUGUGUUUUUCUAAAAUAAACAAAGAAAAAAAAAGAGAUUGAUGAAUGAAUGAAGUAACAGGGGGUUUUCUUUUUCUUUUUUUACAAUAAGAAGUGAACAGUUUUGCAA